CCGUCAAAACAAUGUUAAGAAAGUUUUAAAACAGAAAAAAAGAAGUGCUUUUUGUCGACAGUACAAGAAAUGAACGAACAGAAGUCUGCUGAUGAAGAAAGAGCUGCAUUAGAAGAAGCCACUAAAUAUGUGGACGAGCUGUAUGAUCUUCGCGAUCAUUAUUUUGUGAAAAAUGGCGUCGAGAAAGCUUCGGAAAGGACAAAAGAGAUCGGUGAAAAAAUGACAGAAGUUAAAGAAUGUUUAGACAGAUUGCUUGGUAUGUGCAACAAGAAAAGUCAGUAUUUUUACCUUCUUGGAAAGACAUUGAAUGUUAUGCCUGCAUAUGACCCUCAAGCACAAGAAGCAUUGUCUCGAGCAGUGAAACUUGAUCCAUUGUUGGUCGAUGCUUGGAACUGUCUCGGUGAAUGUUUGUGGAAGAAGGGAGAUGUUGAAGCUGCAAGGAAUUGCUUCACCGGUGCCCUGGAGCAUUCAAAGAAUAAGAUGUCAUUACGAAGCCUUUCGAUGGUGCUACGUCAACUUGGAAAAGAUUCCCGGGAAAGAGUUGACAAUAUCAAGUUGAGUGUUGAGAAAGCAAAAGAAGCAGUAUCACUGGACAUCACUGAUGGUGUUUCAUGGUAUAUUCUUGGAAAUGCAUAUCUUUCGUUGUUCUUCAGUGGUGCCCAGUCCCCUAGCAUGCUCAAGCAAUGUUUGGCCGCAUACGCACGUGCAGAAUUGGACACGGUUUCAGCCUGCAAUCCUGAUUUGUAUUUUAAUCGUGCCAUGGUUUACAGAUAUCAGGAAGAAUACAAGCUUUGUCUGGACGGUUUUCAAAAAGCUUUGGUGUAUGACCCAGCAUGGGAAGAUGCUAUCCAACUUCAGAAACAACUGCUAAGCUACCUGCAGAAUAUUUCUGAUCUAAUUCAGAACAAAGGUAGGCUGAAGGCAAAACGUCUCAAUACGAUGAUGAGUUCCUUGAAGGAAUCAGAUCUUGGUCCAUAUGCUGGAGGAAACUACACAAGCAAUUCUGGCCAGACGGUCACUUUGGAACAAGUCAUGCUAAGCAGUUUGAAUGUUGGUCUCAAUGCAAACAAAGUGAUUUCAGGAAAAGUUGUUGGUAUUGUUCCUUAUGAUGAACCUAUACCAUUCACAUUCUCCAUUGUGGACAAGGAAGGAACAUGUUAUCCUGUGAUGUUGUAUAACUUGAGAACUGGAUGUGGCGUGAUUGUGGGUGAUGCAGUUGCAGUACCUGAACCAUACGUCCAGUCCACAGAUUUCCAGGAAAAUGAUAAGAUUUUCAAAUUCCAAUCUAUACGUGUUGACAGUCCACUAGUGUUGGUUGUAAACAAACGAAAACUUGGCAGAGAUAAACUCUCACCCUCAGUAUUGUCCUUUGAAGCAAAAAGCGAGUGACAACAUACUCAAAGAGUUUGGUUCAUGGAUACCGAAAAACCUUCGAACUACUUCUGUCCGUAGAAAAUACAUUUGUCCAAGAGAGAAUGCAUUUGAAGUCAGCCAGUAGGUAAAUAUGGCCUGGAUCGGAAAGAGAAAAUGAUAUCAACAUUGCUGCUACCUGUAUUUGCCGAUAUCAAAGUCUUGCUAGUGUAUAAUUCCAAGGAAUAACAAGAAAUAUCAUGGUUUUAUGAAGAGAAUAAACAUGGAGAAUAUGAGAAUCUUACAGCUGGGAACUUGGC